CCUAAUUUUGUACAAUUACGAUUCACACACCACUUCAAUUGACUGCUAAACUACUCUUAUACAGUCAGAUCUGUUCCUUUCUUUUCACUUUUAGUCCACCUUUUUUUUUUCUCUGGAUCUUUCGCUUUUAUCCCCACACUUUUCCCCAUUUCUUUACUCUGUUCAAAUCAACGAGCUAAUUUUCCGAUUAACAAUGGCGGACUGGGGCCCAGUUUUGAUAGCGGUGGUGCUGUUCGUGUUGUUAACUCCGGGUCUACUAUUCCAGCUUCCCGGCCGUGGAAAAACGGUUGAAUUCGGGAACAUGCAAACCAGCGGCGUUUCCAUUUUGGUCCAUGCAGUAAUUUACUUUGGACUCAUCACUAUCUUCCUCCUUGCCAUUGGCGUCCAUGUCUAUGUCGGCUAAAGUAGUUUUUACCUUCACUAUUUACAACUCUAAAAACUGAAAUGGGGAUACUCAUUCGAGUUUCUAGAAGAUCCUUAGAAUAUCUACUCUCUCUUCUCAGAUUCACCAUCAUCAUCUGAAUCUCCUCUGUGGGCUGGUGGAACAGUUGCUCAUCUGUGGACUGCUGGCAAUAAUUGCUCAAGCAAUAAGGAAAUCUAUGGAUCGAGUGAAGUAGGACUAUAGAGAGCAAAAUGGAUCACUGUUCUUGGUCAGUGGACCCCAAAGGUGGCGUCAACGUCUGUGCGGUGCCAAAUGUAGUCUUUCAUGCUAGCAAUACUAGUUUGGAGACUUUAUUAUUGUUCUUGAACACAAGCUUUACCAGCCAACUUGUUUGACCUUUGAAACUUUUUUCUCAUACUCAGUGUUCGUCGUUUCAGGCAUACUCCUGUUAGCUCUUCACGUUUUUGGCUAACACGGAAAAUCAUACCUUUCUUAUUUGGUGUUUUGACCGGCUUGAUCGGAGUAUUAGCUAUAUUUCUAUUAACCAGUAAAAAAGUAGUGUCAGAAAUGAGCUUAUUGUGCUGUGUCUACUCUGUUUCAUGUAUCUUUUCUAAUCAAAUGUUGUUCUCUUGGCUAGUU